AAUUAUUUCUCAUAUUUCCUCUCUUCAGAUGAAUCCAUUAAAAGAGCCCAGCAGGAACUGAAAACUCAUCUGAAGAAGAAGUUUGAAUACAUAUUUGAAGGUUUAGCAGUGCAGGGCCACACAACUCUCCUCAAUGAGAUCUAUACAGAGCUCUACAUCACAGAGGGGGGAAGUGGGGGGGUCAAUAAUGAGCAUGAGGUCAGACAGAUUGAGACAGCAUCCAAGAGACAAACCACCCAGGAGACUCCAAUCCUCUGCAAUGACAUCUUUAAGCCUUUACCUGGACAAGAGAAACGCAUCAGAACUGUGCUUACAAAGGGCAUCGCUGGCAUUGGGAAAACUGUCUCUGUGCAGAAGUUCAUUCUGGACUGGGCAGAAGGAAAAGCCAAUCAGGACGUUUAUUUCAUCUUCACUCUUCCUUUCCGAGAUCUGAAUUUGAAGAAGGAAGGAGCAUUCAGUCUGAUGCAACUUCUGCAGCACUACUUUCCACAACUGAAAGAGAUCAAAAGUGUUGAAGGUGAUGAAGUCAAAGUUGUGUUUAUCUUUGAUGGUCUGGAUGAAUGUCGACUUCCUCUACAUUUCCAAAGCAAUGAGAUCUACUGUGAUAUAACAAAGUCAUCAUCAGUGGAUGUGCUGCUGACCAACCUCAUUAAGGGGAAUCUGCUUCCCUCUGCUCUCCUCUGGAUCACCUCCCGACCUGCAGCAGCCAAUCAGAUCCCUCCUGAGUGCAUCCACCAGGUGACCGAGGUACGAGGGUUCAAUGACCCACAGAAGGAGGAGUACUUCAGAAAGAGAAUCAGAGAUCAGAACCAGGCCACCAGAAUCAUCUCACACAUCCAGUCAUCCAGGAGUCUCUACAUCAUGUGUCACAUACCAGUCUUCUGCUGGAUUUCUGCUACUGUUCUGGAGACAAUGUUGGGUAAAGUAGAGAGUGGAGAUCUGCCCAAAACUCUGACUGAAAUGUACACACACUUCCUGCUCAUUCAGACUAAAGUGAAGAAUCUGAAAUAUUGUGGCUCUGAAGAAACAAACCCAAAGAUGUCAGCAUCAGAUACAGAAAUCACCCUGAAACUGGGGCAGCUGGCUUUUGUACAGCUGGAAAAGGGCAAUCUGAUAUUCUAUGAAGAGGACCUGAGAGACAGUGGCAUUGAUGUCAGUGAAGCUUCAGUGUACUCUGGGGUGUGCACAGAGAUCUUUAAAGAGGAGCGUGGGUUGGGUCAGGAGAAGGUCUACUGCUUUGUGCAUCUGAGCAUUCAGGAGUAUCUGGCCGCCUUGUUUGUGUUUCAUUCCUGUGUAAAUGAGAACAGAAAUGUCCUCAGAGCAGAAAAAUCAAAACCUCACAGUGGCAGAGUGCAGCUGUAUGAGCUACACAGGAGUGCAGUGGAUCAGGCCUUAGACAGUGAGGACACAUACCUGGACCCGCUGUCUGAGUUACACAGGAGGGCAGUGGAUCAGGCCUUACAGAGUAAGAACGGACACCUGGACCUUUUCCUCCGAUUCCUUCUCGGCCUCUCUCUGGACUCCAUUCAGCCCCUCUUAGGAGGACUACUGACACAGACAGGAAGCAGAUCCCCUGUACCAGACCCACAGACACGGACAGAAAGCAGAUCAGAGAGCAUUGAGGAAACGGUUGAGUACAUUAAGGAGAAGAUCAGAGACGAAUCUUCCGCAGAGAGGACCAUCAAUCUGUUUCACUGUCUGAAUGAACUGAAUGACAACUCACUUGUGGAGGAAAUCCAGAAUUCCCUGAGAUCAGGAAAACUUUCUGAUAAAAAGCUGCAAGCCCACCAAUGUUCAGCUCUGGCCUUUGUGUUACUGAUGUCAGAGGAGGUCCUGGAUGAGUUUGACUUGAAGACCUACAACACAUCAGCAGCAGGUCGUCACAGACUGGUACCAGCAGUCAGGAACUGCAGGAAGGCCAUACUGCACAGUUGUAACCUAAGUGAGGAGUCAUGUGGAAUUGUGGCGUCAGCUCUCCAGUCAUCAAACUCACCCCUGAGAGAUCUGGACCUCAGCAGCAAUAACCUGGGAGAUGCAGGAGUGAAGCUGCUCUGUGCUGGACUGAUGAGUCCAAACUGUAAACUACAGAGACUGGACCUCAGCAGCAAUAACCUGGGAGAUUCAGGAGUGGAGCUGCUCUGUGCUGGACUGAUGACUCCAAACUGUAAACUACAGAGACUGGGGCUGGGUUGGUGUAAUCUCACAGAGGGCUGCUGUGAUGUUCUGGCCUCAGUCUUGCGUUCUCCUCACUCAGAGCUGAGUGAUCUGGAGCUGAGAGACAACGAGCUGCAGGAUUCAGGAGUGAGAGCGCUCUCUGCUGGACUGGAGGACCCGCACUGUAAACUGCAGAGACUGGGGCUGGGUUGGUGUAAUCUCACAGAGGGCUGCUGUGAUGUUCUGGCCUCAGUCUUGCGUUCUCCUCACUCAGAGCUGAGUGAUCUGGAGCUGAGAGACAACGAGCUGCAGGAUUCAGGAGUGAGAGCGCUCUCUGCUGGACUGGAGGACCCACACUGUAAACUGCAGAGACUGGGGCUGUCAGGCUGUAGAGUCACACAGAGAGGCUGUGAUUCUCUGGCUUCAGCUCUGUGUUCAAACCCCUCACACCUGAGAGAGCUGGACCUGAGAUACAAUCACCCAGGAGACUCAGGAGUGAGAGCGCUGUCUGCUGCUAAACUGGACACACUCACACUGCUUGUGGAACAUGGAGGAGAGAACAGGAUCAAACCAGGACCCAGGAAAUGUGAGUCUUUAUCGAUGCAGAACACUUUCCAUAGAUGCACAUUACGGCUGUCGGCUCACACUGGAUCCAAACACAGCGCACAGAGAGCUGUCUCUGUCUGA